UAUUUCUUUCCAAGCUUUGUUUGAAUUAUCGCUCUAUCUAUAAUUCAAACAUCAAACAAAUACACACACGCACACACACAUUCUAUAUUGAUGUACAUCUAUAUACAGAGUUGGAUCGAAAGUACCGAGAACAUCCACUCUUGAUUCAUGGAUGAUGUGAAGUUGUGGAGAGUUUCCAAGAAAGAUUCCAUCUUCGAGACCACUCCUUUUUCUUCAAAACCCGACGUUUUCAGACGAAGCUUCUCAACAAAAGCAUCUUCUUCUUCAAAACCCAUAUUGCCAAGAAGUUUCUCGACAAAACCUACUUCGUAUUCUUCUUCGGAACCAAUCUUUAGACGGAGUUUCUCUGCAAAACCCACUCCUUUGAAACCUCCGUUUCUAUCUAGAAGCGGUUCCACCAAAGGUCAAGCUGACACAUCGUCUACCAAGUGUUCCAUCUCUCGGAGCUUGUCUCAAAAAGGCGCUUCGGUGACCCGAAAGUGUCGUAAUGUGGCGAAGGAGCACAAGUCCCGGUUCUACAUCUUGAAACGCUGCGUUUUCAUGCUCGUAUGUUGGCACAAACACGCCUAAAAUCCUUAGAGAUGUGACGAAAGAAGAUUAGUUAGUUAAUUACAGAGAAUUUACUCGUUUUAUAUUUUCAUUUUUCACCCAUCCAUUAUUAUACCUUUAUAAAAAGUAUUGUUUUCUUUACUCCGUCUGUGUUAACUGUUAAGUAUUUUGUUUACUUUACAGUUUUACUUCUACAAAAAGUAUUGUUUUAUA